GGCGCCAUCUUUGAUGGGUCGGACAUGGCGCGCGGUGAGUGAGCAGUGAGCGCGCCCUUCCCUUUGGGUUCAGUAGCUUCUGAUUUCCAGGCUUUCACUCAGCCUCUUCCGCAUUGGGGAAAAGAACCUUUAUUCUGAGCGCUUUUAACUUCCUUCGAGCGCAACUUGUUUCUAACUCGCACUACUGGCCUUGAUUUGCGUGUCGCCAUGGCCUGGGCGCUGAAGAUGCCGAUGCCGGAUGAGGUGAUUGAAUCUGGGUUGGUGCAGGAUUUCGAUGCCAGUUUGUCUGGAAUCGGUCAGGAAUUGGGCGCAGGAGCCUAUAGCAUGAGUGAUGUCCUUGCACUGCCGAUCUUCAAACAGGAAGAGUCCAACUUGCCACCAGAGAAUGAGAAUAAACUGUUACCCUUUCAGUAUGUCCUGUGUGCUGCUACCUCUCCAGCUGUGAAACUCCAUGAUGAAACGCUUACGUAUCUUAACCAAGGGCAGUCGUACGAAAUCAGAAUGCUUGAUAAUCGGAAAAUUGGAGAGUUGCCUGAAAUCAAUGGCAAAUAUGUGAAGAGUAUUAUCCGAGUGGUGUUUCAUGACCGGCGUCUACAGUACACUGAGCACCAGCAGUUGGAAGGAUGGAGGUGGAACCGGCCGGGAGACAGGAUCCUAGAUUUAGAUAUCCCUUUAUCAGUAGGAAUUGUUGACCCUAGAGCAAAUCCAACACAACUAAAUACGGUAGAGUUUCUUUGGGACCCUUCAAAGAGAACCUCUGUAUUUAUCCAGGUGCACUGUAUCAGUACUGAAUUCACAACACGGAAACAUGGAGGAGAAAAGGGUGUGCCUUUCCGAAUUCAAAUAGAUACAUUCAAAGAGAAUGAAAAUGGUGAAUACACUGAGCAUCUUCAUUCAGCUAGCUGCCAAAUCAAAGUGUUCAAGCCAAAGGGCGCUGAUAGAAAACAGAAAACAGAUAGGGAAAAGAUGGAAAAACGAACUCCUCAGGAGAAGGAAAAGUAUCAGCCUUCUUACGAUACGACCAUUCUCACAGAGUGUUCUCCCUGGCCAGAUAUCUCCUACGUUAACAAUACAGCAUCUCCUGGCUUCACCAGUUCGCAGGGCAGUUAUACCAUUGCUGAAGGAAAUGGAUCCCCUCAUCAUCAGCCUGAUCCGGUUCCUGCAAGCACUGAUCUCAAUAAUUCUACUGAAUUUUCACUAAAUUUGACACUGGGAUCCUUUCGCAAGUGGGCUUGUCGGGAACUGUCCGUGUCUCCCGUCUCCGAAAAUCAGAAUCUGUUGCCAACAGCCACACCUCAGGACGCUCAGCAGUGGUUACACAGAAAUCGAUUUUCUCCAUACUGCAGGCUCUUCGCAAACUUCUCUGGUGGCGAUUUGUUAAAGCUGACUAGAGAUGAUGUUAUCCAAAUAUGUGGCCCUGCAGAUGGAAUCCGACUCUUCAAUGCCCUAAAAGGAAGGAUGGUCAGACCAAGGCUGACAAUUUAUGUUUGUCAGGAACUGCAACAAAUUCGAGAGCAGCAACAGCACAAACAUGAAAAUGGUGAUUCUGUGAGCUGUUCUUUCUAUGUGUACCAUGCAAUUUAUUUUGAAGAAUUAACAGCAGUUGAAAUGACAGAGAAGAUUGCUCAACUUUUCAAUAUUUCUCCUCGUCAAAUCCAUCAGAUUUACAAGCAGGGACCCACUGGUAUUCACGUGCUUGUGAGUGAUGAGAUGAUCCAGAACUUCCAGGAUGAGUCUUGUUUCAUUUUAGACACAUUAAAAGCUGAGGGCAGUGACAGUUACCAUAUAAUCCUCAAGUGAGUACUUUCCAUGGAUAGCAUCUUCAGUGAAUGACUUUACCCCUCAUUUGUGGUUCUUGCUCUUGGGCAAAAAAUAUUUACAGGCCCUUAAAAAGAUAAGAGGAUGUUGCUGCCUAUCUUGCUCAUGUUGGAGGAAUCACGAUGGAAUUACAUACAUGUUCAGCAGCAUGACACAAGUGACUAAAGUUUGUUGAAACAAAUUCUUACUGGCAGUUAGAGGCACAAGAUUGUGUAAUGGGAAAGAAGACCAUAUGUGAGCAUGUGUUUCUGAGAAAUUGGAUUUUCCUGUUAAACUAUGAUGGAAAAUUGCUCCUAAUGACCAUAUGUUAAAAAUAUAUUCACUGCUGACCUUGAUUGGAGAGAUGAAUGGGCUGGUUAGAGCCUAACAAAUCUACUGGUUGUUUUUCAUGCUUGAUUUUACACUUUUUCUCUUUUUCUGUUCACCAUGAGAGUGCCAAGGGAAUGGAAGCUAGUUCAGGCAUGCAUUUUGAAUGAUUUAGCCUGGUCAAGAGUUCCACUUGAGCUGCUUAUACGUGCAGUAACCUGCACAUGUUGAAUCAUCUAAAUUUCAGUUCAUAGUGAGUAAUCUGGCCUAAACCUUUUGUGCAACUUGAUGUGAUUGAACCCUGCUUUGGGUGCAUUGCUUUGACUGAGAAUAGCUGGCUUGAAUCAUAACUUAUUUAUUUACUUGGGCUGUACUUGGAGGUUGAGUAUCUCUCCAGCUGGUUGUGGAUUUCCGCUAAUUUUAUGUUGUAUAUCUGGUUCUGGUUGAUCACUUAUGAAACAAGAUUGCUCACCACAUGUGCUAGUGCUCUCUAUAGUCCUACCCUGCCAAGUGAAAACUGAAGUUAAAAAAGGUGGCUAGUAGAACAGUUUAAAGUGAUUUCUAAAGUGUGUAAAAUCAGACUGGUUUUUAAUUAUGCCAGCAGUAUUGAAGAUUGAAUAUCAACAUAUUCUUAACUUUUUAUUUGAACACUGUAGUUUAAUUUGUCUAAUACUUAGGACAGUGCAUAAAUUAGGUGUUCCUAUCAUAGUUCACUGAAGUGCUCACCCAUAUUCUGUCCCACAUAUGGCUGUAACAACGUGGGAACCUGCAUCGGGUACACUAUCCAACGAAGCAUUUAUAAUGGAAAAAUCUACUGUCUUCUGCCUGAUGGGAAACUUUUUUUUACUUUUCAUUUCCAAUGCUAUAAAGACUUGCAAUUCUUCAAUUUCUACAAAGGCACUGAAUUUGAUUGUUCUGUGCAUGUCUGUAACAACUCAGAGAAACCAUGGAACCUAUAAUGGUGAGAUUCUAAAUAGGCUAGUUUGUAAUCCACCUAUUAUUACACACCUCUGGAGAGCCAGAGAUCCCAGUAUAUUAAAAGGAGUGGAGAUUAACAAUGGAAGCUCGUCCAGCAAAAGAAUGUUUCACAUUCCUCAUCCUCAAGUACAGCUGCACAACUGCUAAAUAAGCUCUUUAAGCCUUUUUUUAAAAUGUAGAUAUUGGUGGAAUUUAGCCACUCAAAGUAGCAUCAUUUAGGAUUGGGGAACGUUGGGUGCAAAUAUCUAACUAUAUACUAUUUUUACAAAAAGUCAGCUAAUUGCUUUCCCUGCCAGUGACAAUUAGCAAUGCCCUCAAACUCCAGUUGGUUUCCCUUUAAGAAAUAUAAGGAAAUGCAUCAAAAUGGAAGUGCUGAGAGGUUUGGACACUUAAAAUUGAAACAGGGCUUGCAACUGAGGGAGUGGCUGAGAGAACCAGUUCAGUUCAGUGAAGUUGGACUCUCUCCAUUGCAUACUUUAGCAUAAUUUUUUUGUUUAAUCAAACUUUUUCAUGGUUUCCCCCUUCCUCUUUUCCUCCUCCUUCCUCCUUUCACCCCCCCCCCCUCCCCCAUACUUAAAAAUAGAUUUUUGGCUGUGUAUGGUAUGGCAGACUGUCUCAGCAAUAUAUUUUAUAUUGUGGGUUGAGACUUGAGAGCAUCUUGUAGACCAAUUGCAACAAUAUAGAAUUGAUGAUUUGAAGGCAUCCCUCUCAGUUGUAGCUGCUGUACAGCGGCAUGUUUGCAGACCUUGAAUGGGCUGGCACAUUUUAAUUGGACCUCUGAACACAAAGCAUUUCCAGAGGGAAUUUGGGGAAGAAAGCAGUGUGGUGAUGGCUAAUAUCCUUUUUAUUAAGGUGACAUUUCAUGUAAUGAUGUCACAAUAAAAUAUGUUGACAAUUUUUAAGUAUUUUUCCUAUGCAAGUGGAUUACAAAAUGUAAUAAAACUGAAACACAAUGACAAGCUUGUUUAUGCAUUGUACAACUUAACGUGAUAUGGCAAAGUAUUGCCGUCACUACCUGUGACAUUUUUCUAUACGUGUAUAAUCCAUAAAAUGUGCAAUUCACAAUAUGUUGGAUUGAUAGUAAAUUGUGAUUUUAAUUUUCUAGCUGUCUCUGGUUUAUGACUGUCGGGGUUCUGUCUGGAAAUUGAGUAAUUGAGGACAAAAUUUUGAUUCCCUUAAAGCUGUUUAAUUUGUAUUUGUUGUAAAGUUUUUGUGUGACCUGUGCCCUGUGGAAAUAUAAUAAAAUUCAAGAGUA